GCAUGUUGAAAUAGGAGAAGUAUGAAGGGGUGAAAUGAAAAGUUUGCCUUCAUGCUGCCGGCGGCUGCUAUAAAAGCACAUCCUUCUUACGGUGCUCGUCCAUGGCGGAAGAAGACUUCGCCGGCUAUUCUCCUCGGUCGGAGGAUUUCGAAUUCCACAUGACUACUGAUGACGACCCAGCCUUGCUCUCUCCGGCCGAUGAACUCUUCUACAAGGGGAAGCUUCUCCCUCUCCACCUCCCCCCGCGCCUGCAAAUGGUUGAGCAGCUUCUGGCCAACCCACCCUCCGCCGACGAUGCCGCCGGCGACGAAGGAACUGCUUAUCGCUCCUGCAACUCCAGCGGCACGCAUUCUCAUUCCAAUUCGCUUCCCAAGAAAUCAUGGACCAAGAAGCUCCUCAACCUCAAGAUCAAAGCUCCGAAAUCCUACUUGAGGUCCUUUUUCCACAAAUCCAGAUCCUCCGACGAGGACUUGAAGACUUCAAAGAGCAUGAAACGCGAUCAAAAUGAGAUCUUGGAGGACGACGAGCGAGUGACCAAGUCCUCUGUUUCCUCCUCCGCCGCUGUUGCGACGAAGUCGUUGUCCUUCUCGAGCACCGCCAACACGGGCGGGAAGUCGACACUGAAGAGGAGCAGCAGCGUGAGCUCCGACGCGGAAAACUCGAUCCAAGGAGCGAUUGCCCACUGCAAGAAGAGUCAGCUGGAAGUUGACUCGGCGGCGGCGAGGAAGAGCGCGGGCAAUGUGGGCUUCUACCUCCUCUCCGCUUCCAAGAUUGCUCCGGACUGCGAACAGAGCAAGAAAACAGAGAUGAUGCAGUUUGACUUUUGUUUUUGAUGUUUCAUCUACGAAAAAAGAGAGUCAAAAGAUCUUCUUCGAGCUCAAUGAAUGUUGGUCAUCCAGAUUCUUGACAUCGAUUUGCGUCUUCAGUUCUCAAAAUUAAUCAUUCUCGACUCUUCAAAGU